AUGUUUUGCUGUCCUCCAUGUCCGGGACCGAUAGCAGCUAAAUUGGCAUUCCAACCACCCGAACCAACAUACAAAUUAACAGCCGCUGAUGAUACAAAUAUCAAAUAUAAUUUGCAUCUAUUCGAUCGAGCGGAAUGGCAAUAUUCGGAACGCGACAAGUCCAAAGUUGAGGCCUUUUUUACGCGCACAUCGCGUGGAAAUUUAAUUACUUGCAUUUAUGUGAAAUGCAGUAAGAAUGCCAAGUAUACGUUGCUCUUUUCACAUGGCAAUGCUGUUGAUCUUGGUCAGAUGAGUAGUUUUUAUAUUUCAUUGGGAUCACGGUUAAAUUGUAAUAUCUUUGGAUAUGAUUAUUCUGGGUAUGGAAUGAGUGGUGGGAAGCCAUCGGAAAAGAAUUUAUAUGCGGAUAUUGAAGCUGCUUGGCAGGCGAUGAGGAGUAGAUUCAACAUUAGUCCAGAAAGUAUUAUUCUUUAUGGCCAGAGUAUUGGAACAGUGCCCACAGUUGAUUUGGCGACACGUCAUGAAGUGGGAGCGGUGAUCCUUCAUUCACCAUUAAUGUCCGGUAUGAGAGUUGUGUUUCGGAAUACCAAGAGGACAUGGUUUUUUGAUGCAUUUCCCAGUAUUGAUAAGGUCUCUAAAGUGAAAUCUCCUGUACUUGUUAUACAUGGAACCCAUGAUGAAGUUAUCGAUUUUUCACAUGGUAUUGGAAUCUAUGAAAGAUGCCCAAAAGCUGUUGAACCUUUAUGGGUUGAGGGCGCUGGUCAUAAUGAUGUAGAAUUACAUUCGCAAUAUUUUGAAAGACUUAAAAAAUUUCUUACCGUAGAACUAGUUAAAUGA